AGGAAGAAGAUACAAGAAUUAAUUAUUUUCGAUCAGUGACGCAUCUUUUGGUUAUUUUAUUCAAACUAUCAGUCGACUAAUAUAAAAAAAAUUUGUAAGGGUGGUAUUUGGAAUCUAGAAAUCGGUUUGGCUGUUGUAACUUUUAGGAUUAGGCUUAGCCUAACCUAUAUUUAACAGUUAAAACAUUCAGUUGAUUCCCAGAAAUCUUAGCACAGGAAGACAAAAUUACAAACAGAACAAAAAUAGUUCGACAAGAUGGAGGCGGUGGCACUACACCCUUUCACAGCAACAGCUGACGAUGAACUAAGUUUUAAAAAAGGAGACAUCUUAAAGAUUUUGAGCACUUUUGAUGACAAAAAUUGGUACAAAGCUGAACUGAAUGGAAAAGAAGGCUAUGUACCUCAUAAUUAUAUUGAAAUGUGUCCACAUUCGUGGUAUUUAGGUAAAAUAUCUAGGACAAAAGCAGAAGAGAUGCUUUUACGAACAGAACAGCCAGAUGGUGCAUUUUUAGUUAGAAACAGUGAAAGUGCACCAGGGGAAUUUUCAAUCACAGUAAAAUUUCAGUCUGGAGUUCAACAUUUUAAGGUUUUAAGAGAUGGUGGAGGCAAGUAUUUUCUUUGGGUGGUCAAGUUCAACUCCAUAAAUGAACUAGUGAAUUAUCACAGAAAAGCUACAGUCAGUAGAUCUCAUGACAUCUAUUUCAAAGAUAUGGUCAAUCAUGAUCUUGAGGUUCAGCGUGUGCGUGCAAUAUUUGACUUUGAUGCACAAGGCUGUGAUGAACUUGGCAUUCGGAAAGGCGAUAUUAUUAAAGUUACACAAAAAGUUGAUGACAGUUGGUGGCGAGGGGAAUUAAAUGGCCAAGAGGGGAUGUUUCCAGUUACCUAUGUUGAAAGGUUAUCAGAAGAUGUACAUCCUGUUCUCUGAAAAUGUUGCAGUUACAAAAACCCUUACAAUUCAAUUUUGACUUGAAAAAGUAAUCAUGUGAUUUUUACCAAUGAACAUCUAUAGUGCAUGAUUUAUUAUACUAAAACAUUUUGAAAAUGUAUUUAAUUUCAAAAGUUUACUCUUAAUAAAUUAUUAAAUCAGAUGUUAAAUGGCUGUAUACUGCAGCCAAGCAUUUUUUAGCAAUGAUUAGCAAAGUCUGUUUAGUCAAUUCUACUUACACUACUUACUUUGCUCUUAUUUCUUAAGUAAAUUUUACAUCAUAAUUUGUGCCUGUGGUCAGUUAAUUUAAUAGUUGUACAUAUUGAAUUGUUGCUGCUGUAAUGUAAAAAGUGGUCUUAAUCAUAGACAUUUAUGCUUUUGGUACCUAAAGUGAUAUUUUUUUUUAUUGCAUCAAACUUGUAGAAAAAUAAAGCUUCUACACUUUUUAAAAACUAAAUCUAGAUCAUUUUUUUUAUUUUUCUAGUCAUAUUUUAAUUUAGAGUCUCUAACUAAAUAUCUAAAGUAAAUAGAAAUAUUUGUUUACAUAAUAUUAACAGUGUUGAGUUAAUUCAUACCCUAAUUAAAAAAAUAGCUUGGAAAGAAAGAAAAUUUUAAAAACAUUUUUGAUGAUCGACAUAAUUUAAGAAACAUGCUCUCAAAAUACAUUUUCUUAGUGAAAAGCUGUAUACUGUGCAUCAACUUAUAAUACUUAUAAAAUGUAAUAUUUUAAUUAAUUCACCAUUCUUUUUAAAGUUGUAAGCUAUUAUUUGUCAAAAAAACUAGUAUUUUUUAAAAAUUAAUUUGAUCUGAUUAAUUAAUGUAACAAGUGAUUAACAUUUAUUUUCUAUUGAUUCAUUAACAAACAUUUAUUAUUUCUCAAGGGUACGUACAGCAGUAAAACUAAACAGUAUUUCUUUAAAAUAAGUGUUCAAUAAAUAAUGCAUUGUAACAAAAAUGAUGAUGAACUCCCUUACUAAAUGAUCUGAUUAUAGCUAUUUAUAAACUUUGUAUCUAAACUUUACAUUUUUCAUGUUUUUGUUUCACAUUGCAAUUUUAGUACAGUUUAGCUGGAGCAAAUUAUAUAUGAUAUAAUUCAGAAGAAAAGAAAGCGUUAUUAGAGCAAUCCUUUCAAAUGACUUCAAUUCAACAAAAAAAUAUGAAGUAGCUUGUAGUGCAUAAUGCCUUAUUCUCAUAAUUUCAUGAAACUACUUAUUGUGUAUUGUUUGCUAUUUUAUUUUUAUUAGAAAUAGUAUUCUUCACUAGGUAUAAAUGGUUUGUUUAAAAAUAGUAUAAAUUAUCAUGAACAAUUAUAAGUGUUUUAUAGUUUUAUUCAAAAAAUCCGUUUAGGUUCUAAUAGCUCUGAUUAAAGAUGACGUUAGACUGUGAUUUAAAUAAAAAUACUAUUUUUCAGCAUUAAAUUUUUUUUAGAAAAGAUUAAGUAAUUUGUAUAUACAACAAUGUAUAGGAUAAUUUAAAAAAAAAACAUCCAUUUAUAUUAGUGUUUAGAAAUAGUCUAUUACCUGACACGUCUGAGAUAUUUCUACAUUAAUAAUUAGCAUGCAUAAACUGCAAUAAAGUUAAGUGUCUCUCAAUUCUGCACAUUCUGAUAAGAUUGCAUAAUCAUUUAUUUCACAGCAACACUACACUUUUUUGCCAGUUUAAGAAAAAUGUAAAGCAAAAUAUCUUAAUUUUCUGACAGUUUAUUUCUUAUAAAUCUUUUUGCUGUGUUUGAUAUUUCGUUUUUAUUAAAUUUAGGAUCUAAUUGCACUUGUUAAUGAUUAGGUCAAUAUCUAGGUUGCACUUAUCUUGUCUUAAAUGCUACAUUACAGUCACUGGCAUAUUAAUAUUUCACUGUUUAUAGUAUUUUUGGUGAUUUUUUUUCUUUUGUUCAUUUCCUUCCUAAUGCUAUCAAAAAGUAUGACACUUACAGAAAUAUUUCUAAAUAAUUGCAUAGGCCAACAUGUUUGCUUACAUUUACUUUGACAUAUAUUAUGAAAAAUUGUUAAAAUUUAUACUGUUUAAUUGAGUAUUACAUUAGAGGGAUUACUUUACUUGAAUUAAUUAUGACAGUAUACUGUAUUUACUGUGUUAACUUUAGUUUUAGAAAAAUAAAAAUGUUGGUUGUAGGUAGCUUGUUAAAUAAUUCUGGAAAAUUAUUCAAGAGUUGUAAGUUUGAAGUAUAUUUUAAACUUACUGCCUUCUUCUUUUCCUUGACUUGCUGACAAGGGUAUGCAGCAUCUGCAUUAUUUUAUUUCAAAUUAUUUUGAAUCAUAGAAUUAGAAAACAGAAAUCAUGCAUGAUUGAAAAAGCUGUUUACAAAGAAAAACUUUUGUUAUUUUUUUUAUGCUCUGUAAUUAAUGUACAAUAAUGCCAGUUAGAAAUGAAUUUUUGUGCUAGUCACUUUUUGAAACACAUUGAUAUUAUUGUUUGUAAUAUAAAAAUGAUUUAAUGACAAAAAUGGAGGUUUUGAUUUAUAUUUUUUCUUACAAAGAAGUAUCAGUGUUUAUAAGGUUGACAAUUCAUAUCUUAUGGUUACCCAGGUAACGUGUCUUAUUUAGAAAAUAAGAAGUUUGAUUUUCCAGCUGUUGCUUGUUAAACAUAAUCAAAGGUAAUACAUUAAGUGUAUCUGGAGAUAAGGAUAUACAAAGGUAAAAGUCAAUUUAAAAAAUAGCCAGUAAUUGAAACCCAUAUUAGGGACUACAAUUUCAGCUGGGUUUUUCUAUACAUUUAUUGUGAAAUAUUCUUCUAAUGGUGAUUAAAAUCUAAUUUGUAUAUUUUAAAAGUUUAUUUGAGCAUGAUUGCUGUAGAAAUAUUUUUAUUGUAGGAUUUAUGUUGAUUGUUCUUUACCAUCUAAAAGUUAUACAAAAAAAAUAUCAAGAAAAAUUUUUUUGAACAUACUAAGGUAGCUGUGCUACAGUGACAAAAAUAUAACCUUCAAAUUAAGGUUUUUUUUAAACUGAAAUCUGACACAAAUUUUCUAGUUUGUGUACUUUUAUUCAAUAAAAGCUGUUCACAACCAUAAAGUUUUUAUAAAAUUUAAUUUGCUCGUGUGCUUUUUAUUUGUUUGAUGAGUAUAUUCAAUUAAAAAUGGUUGUAAAUUUAAUGCAUUUAGAAAAUUAUGCACCAGUUAAGAAUAAUUGUUUGUCCGACUUGAUUUAUUUUUUUAUUUUUAGUUCAUAAUUAAUUUAAUCAUUUUUAGAAUUGUUUACACAAGCUUGUUAUAAAUAGUUCUGUUAUAUAAAUUUUUUUAAAAUUGAAUUUGCUAAGUAAGUAGAAAAAAGCCCUUUUAACUUUUAGUUAUGUAAGGCAAUGUAAAUACUAUUAAGCAAACAAAAUAGUUGCUGAACAUUUGACCAUGUCAUUAUUUUCCCCCUAUAUUUUAAAUAGUUUUUGUGUGAACCCAGUUUAUUUUAGGGAUGAAUUCCCAAUUAGACUUUUUUACCUACACUUUUGAUUGUAUUUAGUUGCAUGCAGUUAAUUUCAGAAUUUUUUAUUUAACUAACAUUUGUAUUAAGGUCAGUACAUUGCAGCUGCAGUGACAUGAGUUGUGCAAAUAGGCGUGAUAGCAAGGUCAGGAAUAGAUGUUGGUUAAUGUAUUAAAUUUGAAACAAAAAACAACUAUUAAGCACAGUCAUAAUAUAACCCCCACUGCUGUAAAUAUUUUCUUUGUUUUUUUUUUGGGAUGGAUUUUUUUUUGGUUAGUAGAACAUUGAGAUUUUAAAUAACUUUUUCACUUAAAGAGAUUUUGUUAGAAAUAGAAAACAUCUGAUGAUUAUAGAAUAUAAGAGCAAAAUAUAUUUUAGAUACAUGUACUUGAUAGUUAAAAAUGAGUAUAUUUUUAAAAUCUCAAUGUCAAAGUUAAUCCUUUUUUGUGUAUGCCACUAUUGCAUGUUGUUGUUUUUUUGCUUGGAUUAACUAUGCUUUGUACAUUUGUGUACAUUAUUGAUGUAAAUAUGGAUAACAUUCUAUUGACUAUGAAUCAUUUUAUUGGCUGGUCACAUUUUAAAAAAAAAAAUGUCACGUGUUUAAUUGAAUCCUAUAAAUAUUCAGUGUUACGUAAUCAAAAUAAGAACAUGUAUUAGUGCAUCAGAAUCUCUAAUUAUCCAUUAUUAUUUUUUAAAGGUUUUUGUCACAUUUUUUCCUAUUAUUACAAAAGGUUGAUUUUAAAAUAUUUUAAUUCAUAAUGAAUGCAUAAAAUCAUUUUUGUUACUUCAAAAACCAAUGUGAAGAUUUGAUUGGAAAACUCAGCAGAGGCUCAUUUUCAUUAACACUUGUAUUACACUAUUAAGUAGAUUGCUCUCAACCCAGUGAAGUCUUCACUGUACAACUGCCAAUGAUGCACUUCAUGCCUUUUUAAAUAUGUAUAAUUAAUGUCAAGUCUUGUGAAUAAAUGGCUUUUUGCAUCAAGAAUGUAUGCUGUUGCUGUAAGUUUGUAUGGUGAGCUGUUAAGAGCAAUUGAACUGUGUAGCAUUCCUGUUACACAUAACUUAUAUUACUAAUUACAAGCAAAUUAACAACUCACAUUUCAUGCAUACAUUACAAACAUAAAUUUACAAACAUUUGACUUGAAUCAUUUAAAGGACUUCAAUAGCACAUAGAAUUUCUCUGAGAUUAUCUCAAAGACCAAGUUAGUUGUUUGGAUAUUGUAUGACUGGAAAUAUGAAUGUUUUGGUAUUUCAUUAGAUCAAAGAUGGUCAUAUAAAUAAAAACUCAUAUACAAAUGUU